AUGAGAGAAAAAAACCAGAAUUCAACCAUCUAUCUGAAACAAACGGGUGAGAGAAAGAAGAAGAACAAGAAGAACAAGGCGCCAACAGAGGGUGGGCAGGUUAAGUUGCAGAAGGGAGGUGCAGGGCAAGCAAUCCUGGCCGUGGCAGAGUCAGCGCAGCCCACCGGCACGACAUUGCAGGUACAGCCGACUCAGGAGGAGGCUAAGCAGGCGGCACUUCAAGUUCAGAAGUGCCCUACUUUGAAACUUCCAAAACCUUGUGUGUUUGUUGCUGGCAUGGGUAACAAGGACACGAUGUUUGCUCAGUUAUCGGGCAACACUCAUAAUGCAAAUUUGGUUCCUAAUUCAAGUCCCAUUGCUCCUGGGCCAGUCCCGCAACAUGAGGAAGCCCGGGGCAGCAACCCGGGCAUGAUGGUAGCAGACUACUGCUCCUCCGGUUUGGUUCAUCAUCUGGUCGUGAUUGCUGGAUUGGAGGGAUUCGAGCGUGGGAGCCCCUAUUUCAGCCAUGUUGCUUCACAGGAGGGCGUGACACGAAGUUCGUUGCUUGUUGACGUUAAGGGACAUGUCGGUAUUUCGAUUUCCAUGCUCAAGAAGGUGACGGAGAAGGUCGCCGUGGCCGAGGUAGGCAUAGCUAGCCUUAUCCCCUCAGCCGUAUCUGCCUCCACUCAUUCGGUCAUUCCACAUCCAUCGAUCCAGCCCACACUUCCAGACCCGCGCCGCCGCCGCCUCCACCUGCCCUCGCCCUGCCCCUGCCCUCCUCCUCCAGCCGCGCCGCCGCCGUCCCCGCCCGCGCCGCCGCCUCCCACCUGGAUCCUUCCUCUUGAGGUGAGAAUCACAGGGUCAACGCGAGGAAUCAAAGUCUUAUCCUUCCACUUCCCAGGUUUGGACUCCGUCCAUGGCGUCCCAGGAUCACCACCACCACCACCACGGCGGCCACUCCCACGACGAGGACGACCAUCACCACCACCAUCACGGGGAUGCCGCCACCGCGGCCGCCGGGAAAGUGGCGGGGGCGGGGCGGGCUCGUGGGUCGGCGAGGACGGGCGCGUGUGGCACUCCCACGACGGCCUGGCCCCGCACUCCCACGAGCCCAUCUACUCUGCCGGAGACUUCUCCAAGCGCGCGCUACCGCUCGACUCCGGCAGCUUCGCCCACCGCGCCUUCACCGUCGGCAUCGGCGGCCCCGUCGGCACCGGGAAGACUGCCCUGAUGUUAGCACUCUGCACUUGCCUCCGUGACAAAUAUAGUCUUGCAGCGGUUACAAAUGAUAUAUUCACAAAAGAGGAUGGAGAAUUCUUGGUCAAGCAUGGAGCUCUUCCUGAAGAGCGUAUACGUGCCGUUGAAACUGGAGGCUGCCCUCAUGCAGCUAUACGGGAGGACAUCAGACCGGCUUAGUGUUAUCAGUUGACUGUUUGGGAAAUGUCCUGUAUCCUCUUUGUUUUGAUACGAAACCUGUAUCAUUUUCCAUAAUAUUAUAUUUACCCUUAUAAUCUCUUCUAAAACAUGUAGCGGACUGGUGACACGACUCCUGCUUCGUCGAGUUCUUGAUGAUGUUCUUUAAGUGUCUACUUGUGUUCAUUAGAUGAUGUUCUUCAGAUAAUGAUGAUGUCUGUUGUCAUAUUGAACUUUAUGUGAUAUUUGUGAGAUGAUGAUGUUGAACUUUAUGUGAUAUUUGUGAGAUGAUGUUGUUGAACUUUAUGUGA